UGCGUGCUCUUGACCAGCAGGUCGCGUUUGGAUUUCCUGCCCGUCUAUUGCGGUGGACGGCUGCUCGACUCUGGUCGUUCACGCUACGGGUGUAAAUUCCACACGUCGUGUUUAAGAUGCGCGUGUCUAGUCAACCUGGAUCACCGAACCGGUUCAAAUAGAAUGCCAACAACAAGUGACGCAGUACACUCCGAGCUGACAGUUCGAGGAGAGACGGCGACGCCUCCGCACGGGGAUGCACACGUAGCGCGGAGUUCGACUGCACGACGGUGGGACGGGUAUGAAACUCCAUGUCUGCAGCCUCCUCAACGCCGUGCCAUCGCACAUGAGAGAAAGCCCAAAGCACUAACAAUUGGAGCAGACGGAUCAAGACGAGAGGUGGAUGUCGAUCGUGGGACCAGACACGCCACCUGUAUUGUUUUAACACUCUCCACCAACCUGGACCUGGAUAAAUCGGAGAUCAGCCUCAAGAGGAAGCAAGAAUCCUGCGUAUAUAGUUCAAGUGAGCCACAGAGGUGUAAAACGGUGGGCAUCGACUCUCAGGUGAAAAAACCAACUUCGCGACCCGACACUUCCAGAGAAGUAACAAGCGAGUCUCCGUUACCGCAAAAGAUAACAUUUCUGGCUGAGAAAGACGAAGACAUUAUCACGGUUGUGUGCAGCGGUCGUAAGUUCAGAAGUAGUCUUCAAUGUGGAUUGCAACCAAGAACAACUGCCUGUGGAUCAUCUGAAUUGGAGCAAACGAUUAAGGGCCGGGCCGAUCUUGAGAAACAAACUGAUGUGGAGGCGCUGUCUAACCCCAGUGAAGUCAUGUUGUCUUCUGCUAUGGUGACAGUUCUCGCCCCUACUUGGAGCGGCCGACUGCGGCGCUCCAAAAGGUUCGAGGCAACGGGCAGUUUGGAAACUUUGGCAAGUCUUCCAGAUGUGGCGAGCUCAGAGGCAAGUCGUCCGCAAGAUGACUCUCAGCGGUCUCAAAGUGGUGCGGCGAGGGCGUUUAACGUAACGCAAACCCAGCCAAGAACUCCGUUUCUGAGUACCAGGCAGAACACAACAGGCUGGUCCACCAAAAGUGUUCCCCAAAACUUGGACUAUGAAUUGCAGAGUAACGUUGCUCGAACAAUCUCGUUGGAUGGGAGCUCUAAAGAGAGAGAAAUCAAGAAAGCGCAGGCAAGUACUAACUGGGACCUCUAUGGGCAAAAGAGGACUCCACAAGACGGUCAUCCGGUGCGGCGCUCAUCUUUGAGCUCAAAACCAACAACAAGCAGUCUCCUUCUGUCACUACGAAGAAUAAACAGUCAAAGCAUGAACUCGAAUAACCCGACUCCGUCUGAGGUCAAGCCACUGUCCUUGAAGAGUGGCCAAGAUGCUCAACUGUUCUCCACACAAAGCUUCCGCAACACACUUGAGAGGGAAAAGUUUAAGCCGCUCCCCUCGUCUUUGUCCGUUUCUUCCAGGGCAUCCGAGACGGAACCAGUUAGUUCCUCCUCAUUGAAUAAUCACAGAGGCACAUCGAAAACAAGCUUGUUUUCCUCUUUGACCAUAAACAAAGUAUCAACUGACACACCCGAACAACCACAACCGAUGACUCGGGCACAGCCAAGUCUUUCAUGCUCCAGACAAACAUUUGUCAGUCGAAGAACGUCGGACAACGAUCAGAAUUGGAUGGGUUCAGACAGAGGUUCGAAUCUCUUUUUUGACAGUGAUGCAUCUUCACCACAACGUAUACAACACGACUCCGGUGUGCUCUCAGAAAGCGGCGCACCUUCCAGAAACACACCUGGGUCAUCCACUUCCCGGUGGCAACAAAAUAGCCAGAAGGGCAGUCCAAUUUCAAUUCUCUCCGACACACCCAACAUCAUAAGCAAGCCACCCACACCCUUAAUUCCUCUACUGAACAAUAACUGUGACACACCAGCUCUAAGUCUGACGAAUAACAAAAGUCUUAAGCUCCAACGUCAAAGCUCCAAUCGUAGCAGCGAUAGAGCUAUGGCGGAGCCACUUUGCAAUGAUAGCACCAAUCCUGUGAUGAAGCCACAAAAAGGAGGGCCCGCUCGAGUCAAAGAGAAGCACUCUGAUGAUUCAUUUGACAAAGUAAAACUUGCCAAACAACUGCAUGAAUCCAGUUCAAAAAAAGUAGAACUGCGCAAGUCUCAACGUUUGCCUGACAGGCACUCUACCCUCAGUCAACCAAGAGAUUCCAUUAGGCAUGAUGCAAGUAAUGGCUCAUUUCAAGCUCACGUGACUGCAUUUGCGCCCUCUUUGUUCAAUCCAAAUAGAACUGCGCCUCCUAAGAUCGACGACAGAACAAAUAACACUCUCCAAAGCAAGCCAAUGAAGCAGUGUUUAUUUCUUGAGAGCACCGACACGCUCAAGAUUCAGGUUGUUCCUCUUAAGAACGUCUGUGGUUUCUCACAGAAAGAAAAUGCCGGUCCUCCGCUUCAUUCCAAACCAGAUUCUUUUCCGACCGGCUCGACAUGCCAAACAUCAAAAGUCCCCAAUACAGCCCCCAUCACCACCACGCCUCUUGGCUUUAGAAGGAGCUAUGCCACCACUACAAAGCCUUUGCAACCAAAAGAUGUCUCCCACCAGGUUCCGAUGGUAAAUGACUCUUCCAAAACAAACCGUAGCCCUGCAUCGAUGACUCCUUCCCCAGCCGCAACGACGACUCCCACCCAGAUGACUUGUACCAGUAUUCCUGCCAUAACAUCACAUCCACAAACAACACCUCCUGCCACCACAAUCAGUCCAAACCGAAAAGUGGGAGGAAUAUUAACGAACCAAUCCGAAAAAGACCACAAAAAAUCCGCCCAAGGAUAUGGAAAGAGAGUGAAGCAUGUCAUGUGGGAGGAUUCAGAGAAGUCUGAACCCACGAAGAGUCCCGAUCCAUCUGUCCUGACGAGUCCACUAUCUCGCUCGAUGUCUCAGCGACUCAGCAGAGCCCCAUCCAUCUUCUCUUUUCUAAGAUUAAGCAGUCCAAACCCAAAAAACACUCCCCUUUGCACCGCGUCAUGCAAGACCUCGAGCUUGCAGGUGGGGGAAGGAGAGAAGUAUCGAUCUUUGUCUUCUGACUCUGUGGAUCAGACCUUGAGAGAGGUAGUAGAAUCGCAACAAAAGCCCAGCGAUGCAAUGAGUUUUGUCCAAGAGAGAAGAGCCGCAGCUCCAUGCAGACUGCGGAGGUCACGGUCAUUGCAGGCCGAUGAAUUCCUGUAUUAUUCAACUGCUCCCUCGCCCGACUUUGCAAAUGGAUACAAGAUACGCUACAGCCCGCCACCCUACUCCUCUCUCAUCUCCAGCCGUAGUGAAACUAAGAAGGCAACUCCGAGGACAUCACUUUUCCAAAAUGUUAACUCCACCUCAAAUUAUAUCUCAAAUCAUCCCUUACUUUCUCAUCCAGUUGCAGAUGCAAUCUCACCGAACUCAAAAACAUCACUCGUAAAUUCUCCCAAACCUCUCCUGUCUUCUCCUCUGCAGACCAAAAUGUUAUCAGGUGAACAUGUCUUGCAUGGUGUUUCGCAAAAAGGUGAAAUAAACAAUAACAGCUACAAGCGUAUAUGUCGUAAUCAGAAAAAUGGUGGCAUAUUACUUAUCGAGAGCAGAGUUGAUGAAAUCCCACAAACUUUGCAGAGUUCAAAAAUGGACAAAACCGCUUCGCCUCCAGAGAACACAAAGCCUGAAUCAUUGCCAUUUUUUACAAAGAUGCUCUCUUCUGUGGCGGCAAAGCCAAGUGAAGAGACACACAGAACUCCGAGUCAUUUAAAUCAAAGCUCAAGUGGCAGCAGCUCAACAGAGAGUCGGUCUGUGGGUGACGAAGUCAGCAGCAAAAGAAUGAAGGAGAGCGUGAUGGGUAAAUUCAAACUUUUCUCAGUGGAGAGCAACAACGAGCAAAGCCCAAAGAGGCGUCGUUUUGUUAUGAAGAAAAGUGUCAGCAUGCCAAACUCUGAAAACGAGAAGGCCAACAAAACUUCGAAUAAAAUGGACCAGGUUCUUAACAAACUAAGGCAAACAUUCGGCACCAAACGCCCCGAUGACGAACUAUUGCCGUGGAAAUGGAGGCAAGCGUCUGAAACGGCGUCUGUCGGCGGGCUGAGCGAUACCGGCAAUACCAGCGAUGCCACGGUUGAGAGCAACAGAACCGCUGAGCGUGAAGAACAAGCGGCCGAGCCGAAGGGCCAUGGAAGGGCAAAACAAGGUGAAGAAUUGGCACAGACCAGUUCCUCCCUCAUACCAACCUUAUCCAUGACAGGCAACGAGUCCUUCAUUUGGCCAGACCAGCCCAAACCCAAAGACCAAGACAAACAAAGUUUUUGUCCAAUAACACCAUCUGACCAGAAUGAUGCUAAGACUAGACCAACAAACCAGUUUCUUCUCAGUGUGGAUCCUGGUUCCAGUAGAAGCCCGAAGCUCAGCGGCGGUCACUCUACUAAGUUAAGGAAAUCGACAUCCAGUUCCAAGAGUCCAUUCUCCCCCUUCUCCUCUCUUUCCCCCCACUCGCCAUUUUCCUCAACCGAUGUGGCAGAUGACAGUGUCUUCUACAGCCCAAAGAUGCAGCGCCGAAGGGAGACUUCAUUGCCAUGUGAGCCGGGGGAGGGAAUCAGUCUGGGGAGUUCACGGAGAAGCCGGGCCUCCACGGGUCCGCCAAGUACAGGUCCGGUACAGGGCGAGGCAUCAUGCUAUGCUGAUUUAAAGUACGGCAUUGAGCCAGGGAGGUCCGUUUCUGUGAGCUCUGUACUCUCCAGUCGGCCUUCGGGGCCCGGGCGAAUCUCCACUGGCCCCAGAUUCAUGAGCGUGGACGACCUCUCGGAAUCCGUCCCAAUUCAUGGAAGAGGUGAUGAGGAUUUCAAGGAGUGGUUAGAGAGGAAUUGCAAUCACAGAUCAAUUAGUCGGAUGCGGUCCUACUUCCCCGGUGACGCCGAACAAAUGAGAUCAAGAUCUCUUCCUCGAUCGCUGACUCGCCGUCUGGCCCAGCGGAGCUCAAGUGUUUCUGUUUGUCCACCUGCAGACACCACGGCGUCAAUGUCGCCCCAUCGCUGGAGCCCCAACAUGAACACUUGUCACUUUGACUGGGACAGAGUGAGCCCCCCAACUCCUCCUCCAACACCCCCUUUGUCACCACAGACCAGACGUAUGUCGAAACCCUCCAGCCUUUCCUCGCCUAAUUUUCCCAGCCCCAAUGCAGAACCAUUGGAAAGCCAGUCCCCCAGGGGGCAUUUGCCCUCUCGGGGUUACGUCUCCAGCCUAAGCACAUUUGAAGAGUCCUCGGACAGCAGCUCAGACACCACGACAGAUGAUGAAUAUUAUUUAGAAAAAAGUGACGAUGAAGAAAAGGAGACUGAAUUGUGAAAGCAGUCACAAUUCAAUUGCUACUUUCUCUUCGAUGUUCAUGAUCCAGAACUUGAUAUUGCAAAAAAAAAAAAAAAUAAUAAUAAUAAUAAUAAUAAUAAUAAUAAGACGGGCGAGAUAGCAACAGGAAGUGCAAAAGAAAGAUCCGAAUGUGGCCUGACAGUCGAGGCAAGUGACUUGAAGUGGCUCAUCUUCAUUGUCUGCCUGAAUACAAGUAAGUGUGUUGUCAUGUCAUUGAGUGGGCAAGCGUGCUACAGGCCUCUAUUUACAGUGAAACCUGUAUUUGCGAUGGGUACGUUCCAGACCCAGCCCCCCUUGGUGAUAUUACAACAGAAAGUUUGUUGUUGUUCUUCUUCUACUACAUCUAUUACUACUGCAUCUUAUUGGUGCCCGGCAUGUUGUGGCACAAUCUGGUACUUACACAGAUGGCUCGCAACUCUAAAUUUAGACUUGCCAGUCCACUGUACAUAAACAAGUAAACAAAAACGGUCACUUCAAAAUCAGAAAUUUAGCAGGGGCACAAUCAGUGAAGCUAAACGUUGUGGGGGUACACCGUAAAGUGAUGUAUGUAUGUGCGGACAAUUAUGCUUUGCAAAUUUCUGCUAAAUAAUGGAUGCUUAGCACUCGUUUUGGACAGUUGCAUGGCUUCAGUGCGGGAUUUACAGCUGUGGACUUGUUUGAUGUUUGAUAUAAAGAAUUCAUUUUAUUCCACUGAGAUUCGUGGUUGUCCGUCCGAUUCUUGAGAACGGAAUAUAGUUUGAGCUAUUCAUAUUUUGUGUGUUUAUAGCAGUACUCCAGAUCUAAACAAUGGUAUCUCUCCUUGUUGAACUAUUUUUAUUAUUAUUAUUAUUAUAUAUAUUUUUUUAAGUCACAUCGUGAAUGGUGGUAGAGCCACUACACUGUAUUAUGCUUUUAUGCACUUGUUGCUUGAAUGCAUCAGGGUCAUCUAGACCCAUACUGUUUCUUCUGCUGCUAAGCAAUAACUCCACUAGUGAAGGAGGAUUAUCGUAAUUUAAAAGAAAAUAAUAAAAAAAAUCGUGUUCUUGAAUUUGAUGUUAAUGUUUUAAAUUAUGUUUAUUUUUUUAACCACAUUUUUUUAGUUGGUAAAGGAAUCAUACUGCCAUUGUAAUUUUAGCAUUUGUUGUCAAAGUGCUUUAUAUGGUGCCCGAUAUUGUUUGUCCAGACUAAAUAUUUGCACAUUGACAAUUCAACAUCCAAAUAUAUGCAUUUUAUAAAUAAAUGCAUUGUUUCCAACAAG